UUCAUUCGUGCGCUCUUGCCGACAAUCGUUUCGUCACAUCGAAUAUUUCGUGUCAAUGUUUUGAAACCAGAAACACAUUCCUCAGCUGCAACUGAUAACGUUACACAGACUGACAGUCACACAGAGCACUUUCUAUUAUUCGGAUUGACUGUGUUGUGGUAGCGCAAUAUUAUUGUGAUUGUCCGCCGAUUUCGUUCAGAAAUUGAUUACGGUCGUUGAUUAGARUUGUUAAGUGAGAACUUUCGACUUUUGAAGUUUCGAAUGCGAAUUAAUCUGUGCUAAGAAGUAGAUCACUCACUCUUCACUGGGAGUCAAUCACUGGACGAGGCGGUGGUUCGGAGGAGAAUAUUGGAAAYUGUACUGGGCUUUGGAAACAAGGAACACAUCAGCUGCUUGUAGGACGAUAGACGAUUAAACAACCRUUUCAUCGCCAGUACCUAAUUGCAUUGUGGUCUKUUUCUGUCGUUCUGAAAACAAGUUAGGUCAUAAUACGGUUGGCACUUCGAACGGUUGUUAUUAUCAAGAAACAAUGACUGAUCAAAAUGAAACGGACAAUGAAGACUGGAAGGAGAAGUUCAAAGCUCUGGAAAAAGAAUACGAUGAUUUUCGAGAACAGUCUCAGUCACUGGAACAUGAAUUGGAAAUGGAUGUUGAGCAUUUGGAAAAAAACAACAAGGAGCUUAAAUCAAAAAACAAUCAAUUACAAUUUGAUCUCGAUACAUUAAGGUCUAAAAACCGUGAAGAGCAACAAAAUCUAAUGAACCAAAUACAUAGUUUACAAGAGGAGGCUAUCCAUUUUCACGAAAGAGAAACAAACUAUGUAAAAUACAUCAGAGAGUUGGAACAGAAAACUGAAGACUUAGAAAAAUCACAAAGGGAAACUUGUGCAUCUUUAGGAGAUUUUGAAACUAAAAUGAAUGAUGCAAUUGAACGAAAUGCACUUCUUGAAGUAGAACUUGAYGAAAAAGAAAGUUUGCAAGCAAUGGUCCAAAGGUUAAAAGAUGAAAUUAGUGAACUAAAGCAAGAAAUUCAAAGUAAAGAGCGCAAAUUAAAUCCUGAAAUGAACGAAUCUCAAGCUGCAGCUGCUGUUAGGCGGUGUAGCAGUUUCAGGGCGGCAGUAGACAAUAGACUGUCAUCUUCAGCAGAUAACACUCCAAAAAGUCAUACAAAAAGUUUAAGUGGAAAUGUUGUAUUUCAUUCACCACCCACUAAAUUGGCUAGAGUUGGCGAUAUCGUCGGAGAUCUGAUGAGAAAAGUACAUGUUCUCGAACUCAAACUAGUGGAAGCCAAGCAAAUGAAUGGAGCUAAAACUCAGAAUUGUCCAUUCUAACAUAACGCUUUAAGGCAUACCACACAAAUGGUUGGCCUUCUGUAGCUGAAUCCUGUAUACUUUAUCUGCUGCUGAGAAUCCUCAAGUUUUUUAUGUGUUUUCUGCUCUCUGAAAAACAUCCUAUUGACCUAGGGCGACUGUUUCGUAUGUUUAUGUCGCUAAAAUACUAUUUUCCAGUUUCCUGAUGACACAUUUGAAAUGCUAUUAUUUUUCACAACACAAAUGCAAUGUAAAGUUUCUUUUUAAUUAAUAUUUUUGUAUUUAAUUAUAAAUUAUUUAUAUACAUGAUAUAAGUACAUAAUUACAUUACAAGUAAACUUAUGACAAAAAAGUUUUAUUUUAAUUUAAUUUACUUAUAAAUUAGUAUUAAAUAAGGACCUAACCAACGAAACAUGGACCCUUCUUUUGUAGAAAGACAGACAAUAAUAUGUUUGUACAAAUAUUUAUGAUAUUAUGCACAUAAGAUUAUUUUUAAAUCACAUAUGUUUAUGUAUAAA